CCAUGGCAACGUUCCGCGAAGAUCGGAACGGCGAAGCUGAGCAGAGGUCCCUGCUCCGUGCUGAGCCAGGCGGAGCGCCACAGCGACGUCUCAGGGUUUCCGCAGGUGGCGCAGCUGGCAUCCUGGCUGUGACUGCCCUGGUCGCAGUGCUCGGCGUCCCGGAGCUUUUCCAGUCGAAAUCCUUCGGGACCGAGAGCGGUUCCAAAGAGCUUCAAGAGAAGGCCAUCGAAACUCCCCAGUUGGGAGGCACCUUGGUGCCUGGCCCUGGCUGCCCCGUGGCCUGUGGCAGCUUUGUGCAGUGCGCCACGGAUCGACGCAGUAAGAACAACCUGCUGCCCCUGACGUACACCGCCGAUUUAUUGGGUCUUGCUUACGACAGGUCCACGGGUUUCGUGAAUCUUCUUCCACAAAUUGCGCCCCUCAUUCCAUCCAUCAGAUUGGCAAACAAGCAGGUCGUACCAAGGACGCCUGAGUUUCAGUGUCCCAAUAGCACCUGCUGGAUCCCCAGGGCAUUUUUGAACGAUGAUUAUUGUGACUGCCCAGGGUGCGAGGACGAGGAGUUUCAUCGCUGUGAGGAUUGCGGCGUUGGUUUGCCACCUGUUGUGGACGAUGUGUGUCCAGACCGUCGAUGUAAACUUUAUGGAAGUGAUUACAGACUCAACAAUUUAUUUUACGUUCCCCGCCAAGCCUGCCUUGGGACGGGGCUUGUCACUGACCCUUUCACUUGUCCUGACCCAAAUGGCGGCAUUUCUGGAUGCAUUAUCGACAAGAAUUUGGUGGAUGACCUUCGGUGUGAUUGUCCUGGCACGUGCGCAGAUGAAGCAGACUACACUUGCGAAAACUGUUCUUGUCCGAUUUUUUGUGGCCUCCCUUCCCGUUGGUCCUGCGAUCCUUCCAUUGGAGUCUUUGAAUGUCCAGAAGUUCCGCCUUACCCCGGGCGAUGCGCUAUACCCGAGUCCCGAGUGAACGAUGGGAUCUGCGACUGUCCAUGGACAUGUGCGGACGAAGAGCCGCGACAAAGUUUUCGUGGCCAGGAGUUUCCGGUGAAUUGUGACUGGUUGAUACUGACAGCAUGGUUGUAGCAGCCGGGUACCAGAUUUUUCCCAAGGGUGAUCCAAUUGGCUGACUAUUGUUGACUGGUACGUGUUUUAGAUCCGGCAUUUGGCGUGCCCAAAUUCGACCUACAUCCCAAAGAGUCAUAAGAUUCCUUCCUUCCAUGCCAUCCCUUAGCGCGAAGAAACAUGUUGCACAUGUUCAGAUGGGUGGCGCUCCACCAAACCAGGUGACGUCUGCAGGUGCCUACCGCGUGCCACCAGGCUUACGAUUUUGGAGGCACGUAGAACCUGCAAGGACCUGAUAGCAG